AUGGAAGGAACAAAUGUCACUUUGAUGGUAGAGUUUAUUCUCCUUGGAUUUUCUGAUCUUCCCAACCUACAAAGGUUUCUAUUUGGAAUUUUCUUAGUCGUCUAUUUGAGUAUCCUGUUAGGAAAUGGCCUCAUCAUUAUGAUAACCAAAACAGAUGUAUCUCUCCAAACACCUAUGUAUUAUUUCCUUGGAAAUUUUUCUUUCUUGGAAAUGUGUUAUGCAUCAGUCACUGUUCCAAGAAUGCUGACAGACCUUUGGACCCACAAUGGGAAUAUUUCUCUGUGGGCCUGUGCUACACAGCUUUGCUUUUUUCUUGUUCUUGGAGUUACAGAGUGUUUUCUGCUAGCUGUGAUGGCAUAUGACCGUUAUGUGGCCAUCUGUAAGCCUCUGUACUAUUUUCUCAUCAUGAAACAUGAUGUAUGUAUUAGACUUGUGGUUUGUUCCUGGAUCGUUGGAAUCCCAGUUGUGAUAGGACUGACAUACCAGAUUUUCUCUAUGCCCUUUUGUGAUUCUACAAAGCUAAAUAAUAUUUUUUGUGAUAUUUACCCAGUCCUUCAGGUGGCUUGUGGAGACACAUCUAUAAAUAAACUUUCUGUUAAUGCUGAUGUUAUACUUUUUGGUAUGAUCCCCUUCAUAUUAAUACUCAAUUCCUAUAUCAGAAUCAUCACUACUAUCAUGAAGUUGCCAUCAGCCACAGGAAGGUCUAAAGCUUUCUCAACAUGUUCCUCCCACCUCAUAGUCAUCAGUUUAUUCUUUGUAACUGCGAUCAUGACACACUUGCAAACAAAGGCCAGCCAUUCAGCAAUAACUGAGAGGGUGCUCUCCCUUUUGUAUACAACUAUGACCCCAUUAGUUAACCCUAUUAUCUACAGCCUGAGGAAUAAAGAUGUCAUUGUGGCAUUGAGAAAAUUAUUACCUACAUGA